AUGACCACAAUUACAGCACAAAUCCCCCUUGAAUAUUCACCGGAUCAAAAAGAUUCCGCUCAUCGAAAAGAGCGAAUUCCGCCAACGGCUUUUCAUAAAAUUGGAGCAGGUUCACAAGCAAUUGUUGUAGCUGGUGUCUUUCGGAAAGAGGGAGAAAGGGGAAAUGAUGAUGAGGGAAAAGAAAGAAAAGUGGCGAUGAAAAGAUAUGAUAUCGUUUCUCUUGCAACCCGAACACAAAGCACUUUUACCCAAUUGCUUCGAGAAAUACAAAACACUCAAUAUCUCAUUCAUCCAAAUAUUGUCACUAUGAUGGACUCAUUUUACGAAGAAGGAUUGAAUCGAUCACUCAGAUUUGUCUGGAUCACAACAGAACGAAUGGAUCACACGCUUGAUGUUUAUUUUGAGUGCCUCCAAAGAGGGAAUACAUUGCGUGAUCAUCGACAGGUUUCGGCUCUUUUUGUUCAAAUGUUUCGUGCACUCGAUUUUCUUCAUCAGAGAGGAAUCAUGCAUCGAGAUGUAACGCCAAAGAACAUCGGAAUGAAAAAGAAAGGAUUUGUGAUCAAAUUGCUCGAUUUUGGAGUGUGCGGCCAAAUAAACGCUCAAAUGGAUCAUACUCAAAUUGUUCUCACUCCACUAAUCUAUCAACCUUUGGAAGUGAUUCUUCAGAGAAGAUACGAUUGUGGAGUUGAUAUUUGGGCGAUGGGUCUUGUCGGAAUGGAAAUGCUUGGAUGUAAAUUGAUGAUGCCACCAUUAGUUAAUGGGCGUCUCACUCAACCAAUCAAACAACAGAUUCUCGAUGUGAUCGGACUUCCAAAAACGAUGUAUGAAGACAUCUUUCAAAAAUGUUUAUCAUUGGAAAGGCCGAGACCAAGAAAAUUGGAGGCAGAAAUUGAUACGGCACUUGGUCGAAUGGAAUCCGAUAGACAAUCAAGUCUAACAAAAGCAAACCUAAAAGAUCUCUUGCUCAAACUCCUUGAUGUGAACCCGCAAACAAGACCGAGAGCAUAUGAAUGCUUGGAACAUCCAUAUCUUCUAAUAAUGAAUGAAAACCAAGCUAAUUUUCGUAAUAAUUUUCCGGAGGAUCGACAUUUCCGAGAUCCAAGGAUUCAAGCAAAUGACUUUCAUGUAAUCGGAAGUGGAAAACAGGCUGUAGUUAUAGCGGCAAAACUUCAACGCAAAGGCCUUGCCGAGAGGGUCGCUGCAAAAAGAUACGAUAUUAGCAAAAUGGAACGGGAAAAUGGUUUGGUUGGGUUUACAUAUUUGUUACGCGAAAUUCAAGCAACACAAUAUCUAUUACAUCCAAAUAUUGUCGAGAUGAAAGACUCGUUCUAUCAAAAUUUCAAAACUGGAGCUGCUCAAUUUGUUUGGUUGGUCACUGAGAGAAUGGACUGUAGCUUGCAAUACUAUUUUGACCUGCUCAGAAGGCCAGAAAACAAUGGAAUGAUCAAACCGAGAGAUCAUCGGCAUUUGGCUUCACUUCUCGUUCAAUUAUUCAGAGCCUUGGACUUUUUGCAUUGUAGAGGAAUCAUGCAUAGGGAUCUAAAACCCGCUAAUGUUGGAAUGAAUCGUAAAAGCUUUGAAAUCAAAUUGCUCGAUUUUGGAGUAUCUGGGCAAACAAAUUCUCAAGGAGCACACACAAAAAUCGUCUCAACUCCUCCAAUCUAUCAACCAUUGGAAGUAGUUUUACAGAAAGGCUAUGAUUGUGGAGUUGAUGUCUGGGCUGUUGGAUUGAUUGCAUUGGAAAUGCUUGGAUGUAAAUUGAUGAAGCCUGCAUUAGCUAAUAUGGAUAGACAAGAUGCUGUGAGACAUCGGAUACUUGAAGUGAUGGGUGUGCCAGAUCAUAAAUAUGCACAAAUAUUUGGAGACAGCUUACAAAAUGAGGACCAACGCUCAUCAAAACUUAAUGAUGAACUCGAAAAGGCUUUGAAUCAACUCGAAAAAGAUCGCGAAUUCUUAAGUAGGGCAAAUCUGAAGAGUCUCUUGGAGCACAUUUUGACAGUCAACCCACAGCUUCGUCCAAAACCCUCAGCUUGUCUCGAGCAUCUCUAUUUGAGAGUGAUGAAUCAAAAAUUGGCCCCAAUACCUUUUGAUGAAGCAUUUAUGCCGAAUGAAUACACACCGGAUAUUGAUGACGAGAGCUUCCGUAAAAAAGAGAUUCCAUCUGAAGCAUUUCACGCCAUCGGAAAAGGAAAGCAAGCAAUUGUUUUAGCUGGCGUGUUCAAAAGAGAGAAUAUCACAACGCGUGUCGCUGCAAAAAGAUACGAUAUCCGCCAACUAGAACAAAAGAAAGAUGGCGGCGAUUUCACUUUUACGGCUGGAUUCACUUUUCUGCUUCGAGAGAUCUCACACACAUUGUUCCUUUCACUCACUCAUCCAAAUGUUGUAAAAAUGAUUGAGUGUUUCUAUCAGAAUUGGCCAAAUGGAGAACCGCGCUAUGUUUGGUUGACAACAGAACGAAUGGAUUGUUCAUUGGAUCAUUAUUUCGACCGUUUAUCGAAACCAUCAAAGGACGGGAAGGAUUUAACCCCAAAGAAUAUUGGGUUGAAUCAAAAGAAUUUUGAAAUAAAAUUGCUCGAUUUCGGGGUAUCUGGUCAAAUCAAUUCAAGAAAUGGAGAUGUAACAACUUUUGUUUCUACGCCACCAACCUAUCAACCAUUAGAAGUUAUUCUAGGAGUAGGAUAUGAUACUGGAGUUGAUGUUUGGGCUGUUGGUUUGGUUGGUGUGCAUAUGUUAGGAAAGAGAUUGACGUAUCCACAUGGAAAAGAGGAUAAACUAGACUCUGUGAAACAAAGAAUUCUCGACGUGUUUGGACUUCCGGAGGAUAAAUAUCGAGACGUAUUUAAAGGGGACGGUCUAGACAAAGAUGAGCCUCGACCAUCAACUCUCGAUUCUGAACUUGAUCAAGUUUUUACUAGACUCGAACCGGAUCGACAUGGUUUAUCCAAAGAGAACUUGAAAGCAUUGCUCAAAGCAAUUUUCACGAUAAAUCGACAACAUCGACCAAGUGCCACCGAAUGUUUGAAGAUGGCAUAUCUACAGUUGAUGAAUCAAAAGCUCCCAGCGGCUUUAGAGACAAACAACCUAACGGAGAAAAAUGAAAGAGAUCGGAAAAUUCUCAAGAAUAUGCUUGUAAAGUUCGCGAGGAAGACUGAAGAA